AUGGGAGCUCUCGAACCGCUACAGGAUACCUCUGAGAGUAGUUUUACAAAUGUUGUAUUUCCUGAUAUAAGGCCGAAGGUCAAGCUGCGCACGGAGAGCGUGCUCUCAUGCAUCUCGGCGAGGUUCACCUUCAAUGUUGCAGAAGGCAAUGUUGGUCUACCUUUGAAUCCUCAGCUGGUGCUCAAGUCAAUGACGCGAGAGUCACAAAAGCCAAUACUAGUGCGCAGAGUGCAAAUUGCUUUUGAAGGAGGUUUGAGGGCAGUACAGAUAGCUCAUACAGACGUCGAACCAUCUUCGAGCAAUGAAAUGGAUCAAGAGGUUCAAUUCCACCACAUUGAUCUUGAAAAAUACUCACCGACGAAUGACACUGCUCCGGUCAGUCUUGUCGUGUCGAACGUCCAAAACAUGCUAUUUGGAAAAGCUAAUCUCCUGCUCGCGCCUGGGAUGACCAAAAUCUGCUCUUUCGUCGACGUUCCGCGAGAUGCAGGUGAAAUCGAAGUCAGUAAAAUCACACUCUCUAUUGAGGAGGAAAUGUAUGAUAUCGAAGUUUUGAUCACCGAUGGCGAGGACAUGCAGCAGGAUAAUAUCUACGUCCAAAACAAUGAUAAAAUCUCUUCGAGAGGUUCGCCAAAAGGACGAAGCAACGCCAUAAAUAUUCUGCCCAAACCACCUAGGUUAAAGAUGGAGGUCCCGAGUCAAAGACGAGAAUACUUUCUAAACGAAGCCUCGUCUAUAGUGGUGAGCGUGACAAACGAGGAGGAGGAUGAGGUCAGGGUCACGCUAGAGCUACGACUUCUUGGACCGCCUGAAAUGGCUCCAUCUAUACAAUGGGAUACUGACCAAAAUGACGAGCUCAUGAUGAACCAAGUCCACAGUCACCUGAAUGAGACACUUUUGGAGGCUGGCGUUCUGUCCCCGACAGGGAAAUGCUCAUGCAAAAUACGGCUGGGGCCGUCUCCAGAGCCUUCGGACCAUAUUCUAGAAAUUCGAGCAAGGUACUAUCUGCAGUCAGAUCCCGAAACCCCUAUCUUGAAAAGUGUGUCUACGAAUGUAGUUUUUCGUCGUCCUUUUGAAGCUAUAUACGACUUUGCUCCGUUGAUACAUCCUGACCUUUGGCAAGAUUAUUUCGAGAUGACAGAUGUAGGAGCAUUAGAGAAAGAUCUACUUCAUUUGGAAAGACCGACGCAAGGACUUAUACAAAGAUGGUCUUUAACAGCAAGAUUACAGUCUCUGGCUUCGCUUGGAAUCACGAUUGAAAGCAAUACAAUAGAAACGACCAGUGUCCAGGAAGCCGCUCAUUGUACAUCGACUAGCCUCCGCGCACUCCUGCCUUCAGAGUUACCGUCCGAACAGAUUCAGGAGUAUCACUUCUUGUUGGACCUACAAAAGGAUGAUAUAGAGGAUCGACGUCCAACCUAUUUCCAAUUCCAAUUCAAGGUCGUGUGGCGUCCAGAAGGCUAUGUCGGACCACCCAUUAUCACAUAUCUUCCAGUACCAGAAUUAGUAGUUUCGUUUGGGGAACCAAGAGUGUUGGCCUCCACAACAAUUGCAGCUAUACCGCAGAGCACUGUGCGUCUCGACUACAUGAUCGAGAACCCUUCGAUAUAUGGGUUAACAUUCAGCAUCGUGAUGGAAACAAGCGAUGAAUUUGCAUUUAGUGGAUUGAAAAGUACUACCUUGCAGCUGACCCCAUUGAGCCGACAGUCCGUCGGAUUCAGCCUCCUGCCACUCGUGAAAGGCACUUGGAUUAACCCUCAACUUAGGGUCUUUGAUGUGCAAUUUCACAAGACUUUGAAGAUCAUAGGGACUGAGGGUAUUAGAAACGAUAGAGCUGAGGGCCAAAGCCACCCGUAUAGCCAUGCACACCAACUUGACGAUUCCUCACGUGCGAUUGCUGGCAACGGAUCGCACCCGAACGAAGCCCCUCCUCCACAUACAUCAGGGUCAGCAGCUACGCCGUCUCGAAGCAGCCGGCAUAGACGGCAUGGCCAGCCCCAUGAGACUACCAAGAGACCACUUCGACCGCAUGUUUGGACGGCGAAACGCCAAUGGACCAGGUCAGAGUUAGAUCGCGAACGGCGCGAGUUCUUCGAAACGCGAGUGACGGGUCAUGCGGAAAUAUGGACUGCUCUGAAAACAGUGAGCGAGAUGCUUGCAAGCGGCGAUGUGGCCACCGCCCAAGGCAUCAUUGACGCCGCGGCCAUCACAAUCCCAAGUGGGAAUCUGAAAAAUGGUGCAUAUGAUGAGGCGGGCAACCUGUAUCAAUUGCCGGAACACAUCAUUAGUGACCCAACCAACGUAGUUCUUGACGAGCCUCAGGAGGGAGGCAAAGAUGAUACAAGUGCGGACGGCACCGAAGACGAGGACGAGCUGGAGCGGAGAAGGGAGGAGAAAGGGAAGGCACCCGAGGUUGAGGGCACUGAAGUCGGAAUCAAGGCUAGAUUGAGCGAUAGAGGUGGACCUGAUGUGUGCGUGUCGAUGCGGAAGGAGCAGACAGUUAGGGCCCUCCUUAGGAAAGUACGCGAAGAGGCUCAUUUGGAAAAGAAUUGCAAAAUGCGGAUUGCUUAUAUGGGUAAAAUACUCAUUCAAAACCAAAGCCUUGCGGCCCAGGGAUGGAAGGAGGGCGACGUCGUUAACGCCCUAGUGUAUCAAUAA